UGAUGACCUCCCCAGCGAAUCAUCUACCCGCCCACGUUCCCCUGACGCACAUGCCCCAGCAAGGGAACCUCUGGUCUGCCGAAGAUGAUUGGACAGGGGUAACUGAUCGACACCGACGAAGACAGCUGCAGAACCGGUUGAACCAACGAACUUACCGCAUGAAACGCAAGGCUGCCGCCAACACAAGACUGGCGAUAGAGCCCUCAACAGCCACAACACCAUCCAUGUCAACCGAUGUAGUCCAGCGAGCUGCCUAUCCACUCUCCCACGCCGCAGACACAGAAGACAACGACCUGGACUGUCGCCUUACUCCCCCUGGAGCCGCGCAAUACCGGCGCCAAUUCGAGGCGAUCGCCCAUCAAAGCUUCCUGCUGGGCUCGCCCCAGCUCGAGCACCUGAUUACCCUCCGCCGACUGAACGUCCACCGCGCCAUCAACGAGAAUAUCCGCGCCAUCGGCAUGACCCCGGAGUGGACAAAGCCAGACGAAGCGAUCUCCAUCUUUAACCUUCCGCUCCCAUUGCCGGGGAACUACGACGAGGAGCGGAUCCCGGCGAGCUUACGUCCCACGGUCAUCCAACGGCUGGUGCCGCAUCAUCCGUGGCUGGACUUCUUUCCGUUUCCCCGGAUGCGGGAUCUGAUGAUACUGGCUGGAGACAGUCUGGAUGAGGAUGACUUGUGUCGUGAUCUUAUGGCGUUUUGGGAUACUCAUAACACAGGGGCAACGCUGCUGGUCUGGGGAGAGUCAUGGGAUCCACAGAAUUGGGAGGCUACAGAGGAGUUUGUGCGCAAGUGGCACUGGUUACUUGCAGGGUCACCGGAGUUGUUGGCGUCGACGAAUUUUUGGCGGGCCAAGAGGGGCGAUCGACCGUUGAGUUGGCGAUCGUUAUUGAGAUUUGAUUAGUGCAUAUUGGAUUUGUUAAUGGCUGUACUGAAAGGCGCUAAUGUAGCCUGUAAGAAGAAGAGAUUAAAUUGAGUUU